AAACAAACUAGUUGUUUGGUGAAUAGCGCCGUGGCCUUCUAGAUAGGAGUAUUUUGGUUCUGUUGAUUCGUGAUAUACCAUUGAAAGUUGAACACAAUAAUCUAAACGGUCUGCUCGUGCUCGUGCUCGUGAAAAAGCCGUAAAGUAUGGAUUCAAUGCAAAACAGCAACAGAACAAAGUCUUGGACGGACGACCUGAAAGUGUGCAAUCAAACCGGCGUUGGAGAAGCGAUAAAUCAAAUCUACAAAGACGAUGGCCGUCGCUGCGAGGGCUACGAAUCACGAGAUAAGAAAUGUCUUUGCAUAUCCGACAACACCUCCCUCUAUGCAAUUUUAUCCGGUCAUAAUGGUGUGACGGUUGCAGAAAAUGCACUGCAAGAAAUAGCAGCCGAAUUGCUGUUGGGUCCGUUAAAUGCUUGCAACACGGACGAAGCCGUCAAAGAGCUGAUCCGCCAGUCGUUCAUGUCGGUAGAAAAGAGUUACUUCGAUUCGAUUAAUCCUCACGUAGCCACCAAGACCGCUAUUCAGCUACACCUAUCUGCGGACGGCAUGAACCAGUACGAAAUAUCGCAACAGUUUGAAAAUGUUCUGCAGAAACUCGAUUCCCUGAACAAUGCACUGUCAGUUGGAAGCAGUGCAGUGCUGGGGCUAAUCCAUCGGUCUCAUCUGUAUCUCUGUAACAUUGGUAACUGCCGAGCGCUUUUAUGUAAGACCGACGAGCAUGAUACGCUGACGGUGACACAGCUGAGUGUCGAUCAUAAUUUGCUCAACGCGGAGGAAGCUGCACGUCUGUUCCGACUUGGGCUGAUGGCGCAAAACUUCGAAGGAGUUCCACUGUACAGCACGCGUUGCAUUGGCAACUAUUUGGGCAAGGCCGGAUAUAAGGAUUGUAACUUUCUUUCGAGUGCUUCCGCUGAACCAGUCAUUUUCGAACCCGAAAUUGUUGGUGGUAUACAAAUUUCAUCAUCUUGCCGGUUUCUUGUGCUGAUGUCGAGUGGACUUUGCCGAGCAUUGCAUGACAUCUUUCCCGGGGAUGCAUCGACGGGUAACCGUGAGCUGGUGCGUAUGAUUUCGGAGGAGUUUCAAAACCAAUCUACACUCGGUGGUGUUGCUCAGUCGGUCGUGCAUCGCAUUGUGCAGGCGCAUCAUGAUACGUACAUGCAGUUGGUCGAAGAACACAAGCCUCUCACGUUCAACAGCCGCGAUGAUGUGACUUUGCUGAUACGAAACUUCAACUAUUCGCUACCAAAAGCGUUCGUGAACCGCAAGAACGGCAAUCGCAGCUUAAAUUCCACUACCUCAUUCAGUUCUACCAGCUCGGACGCGACGCCUACGGAUGGAAACUAUUCUACCAUUCACACGAACAUAUCCGUGACAAGUUCAAAUAUCACACAGUCCGGAAAUCCUUAUGAUACGAAUCGACGGAUUCGUCCGCACGUGGAUUUUAGUGAUUUUUACAAACGUGUCGAAGAGGCUCGAAAAUGUGGCGCUUUACCGCCAAACAUUGAGUUUGAUUAAUUUGCGUAUGUUACUUUUUAGCACUUUAUGUUAUUUUUAUGAAUCAUAAAUACAGUGAACCAGGAUGUUUGACUGUACUACCGUUAUAGAUCAAAUAUAUUUUAAAACAAUAAAUACAAACCAGAUUCUAUCGCGAAACUGCUUUGCAAAAGUAUCCGUAGUAUCUGUUCGCUUUUAUAGGAAAAAUGUGCUUUGCUUGUAACUAGGAUGAGGCAAAAAUUGGAAAAGAGCGUCGUCAGUAAAUAUUGCAUUAAAUGCGUUGAAAUGCAACUAGGAUUCAAUAAUUUCAAGAAUGUUGAAAAAUUGUAAUUGUUU